GCUCCCUGCCGAGACGCACACGCCGCCGGGCGGGACCUCCACGAGCGCGUCACCCCGACGCACCCGCCAAGACCGCCGCGCCGCAGCGAGAAGGGCGGAGGUCGCCAGGGAGAGAGCAUCAAAAGGAGGAGAGGGAGGUGGAAGAGGGGCCCUGCCGCCACCGCGGGCAUGCCGCCGGCGGCGGCGGCGACAUAGGCCGACGUGGGUGAGGGAGCUGAAGGUAAGGCGGCGGGUAAUCGUCCCGUGAGUCGCGAGGGCAGCCCACGGGACGGACGGAAAAGUGGCGGCGGAUUCCUUGGUUUUCACUGUUUCGUUCCCAAAUCAGAUUCGACCGGGCAGGGCAGGCAUAUCCGGUUCUCUCCCGGAUUGGAUUGGGGUGGGAAGGAUCUGCAUCAGAACGCGGCCGGAGUAGCCGCCGGAGCUGCCGCAGUCUUGGUCUCUUUGAUUCGCAGCUCCGGCCGCCCGUGUGGUUCUAGUCGACUUGCUCUAAAGCUGUGGUAUUUGUCUCUGUCCGUCCCCAAUGGGAGGUCCAGCUCCAGAUUGGUCUGGGCUACCAGCGGACAUACUGAUCAGCAUAUUCCAGUUGCUCGAGUGCCCGGACCUCCUCCGAUCCGCCGCCGUCUGCACAUUCUGGCAAAAGCUCCACGGUCCGCGGCAGCGGUGUCUGCCCCAGUCGGCAGACCCCCUGCUUACUCUAUUGUACCGAGGCCGCCGGUGUGAAGGCUCUUGGCAUGUACAGUCUCUCCGAACGGAAGGCCUACUCCAUGCCUCUCCCUGAACCUCCCAUCAGCAACUGGAUUGGCUCAUCACACGGAUGGCUAGUCACCAUGGAUGAAAAAUCUGACCUGAUGCUGCUCAACCCUAUCACCGGUGACAAGAUUGCACUCCCUCCCGUGACAACCAUGGAGCAUGUCAAACCUGUCCUAAACGGCGAUGGGGUUCUUGAAAAGUACGAGGUGUCUUUCUACCACGGAAAGCUUCCGAGGGUGUACAGUACACCAUAUGGAUGUUCUUUGGAUAGGUGCGGUGAAGUUGUCUACAUAAAGGCGAUUUUAUCGUCUGAUCCAUCAACAGGUGAAUGCAUUGUCAUGCUCAUCCAUCAGCCGUACUGGCAGCUCUCGUUCGCCAAAGUGGGAGAUGCUCGGUGGAACUGGCUCCAAAUGCAUAGUUUCUACGCAGAUUGCAUAUACCAUGAUGGCUGUUUCUAUGCAGUGACUGAAGAAGGCGCGAUCGAUAUGUACAAUCUGGAUGGACCAUCCGUCAUCCACAGAAGGAUUUUACCAGAUAUGGUUGACGUGGCCCAGAGGUACUACAUUCUUCAGGCACCAUGGGGAGAUUUUCUCCAAAUCUACAAGGAGAGGGACUGGGAUCCUGAACAACCGGUUGGUGAGACGUAUGCAACCGCUUUCGAAGUGUACAAGGUUGAUUUUGUCGAGCAAAAGCGUGUUAAGAUGGCAGGGAUAGGUGACUGUGCGUUGUUUACUGGGAAACGCACGACAUCUUGCUUUAGCGUGAAAGAUCAUCCAGGCUUGAUGUCAAACCAUGUAUAUUAUACUCAUGAUGAUCAUGAAGAUUUAUUCGACUGCGAAGAUGAUCCCCGUGACAUAGGGGUGUACGACUUGGAGAACAAUAGCAGGACCAGGUUGGUUGGAUCAUCCAGGCUUGAUGUCAAACCAUGUGUAUUAUACUCAUGAUGAUCAUGAAGAUUUAUUCGACUGCGAAGAUGAUCCCCGUGACAUAGGGGUGUACGACUUGGAGAACAAUAGCAGGACCAGGUUGGUUGAUCCUGAACCCUGGAGGACGUGGUUCCCUCCCAUAUGGUUCACACCCAACCUUGCAAAAGCAGGAUUUCCAGAUGACAAUGGUGGGGCGCAAUAGGAUUAAGCCCGAAGAUAACGGCCAAUUGCUUCCUGAUAUUUCGUCUUGCGGCACUCUUUGCCGGGCCCACUAUGGAGGGAGAUGUUGCCAAUGGACUUGCCAUGUGCUAGUCUUGUAGUAGUGGCCUUUUUUCUUUGAUGAUGAUGAAGUUUGCCUCUGUAAUUUGCAUUCGAAGUUUCGAAUUUCUUUUUUUCUUUUUUCUUUUUGCGGUGGCGAAGUUUCGAUUUUCAACUGGGCUGUGAGUGAACUCAUCCCCGGUGUCCGAUGUUGUGUCGUCUUGUACUACUACCAGGGUCUUUGAAAUUGACAGAAGCUGGGGCGCCCCUUCUCUUCCUGUUACUAUCUACUCCUUUGAACUAAAAACAUGACAAAUGUUUUGGAACCGAAGGAGUAUGCAUUUCUUUAUCCUCGUUUGUUUAUAUUUUUUAUAUUUUUUACAGCUUCACAACUUUCCAAUUGUA